AUGGAGGAAGCGUCGGAAGCAGCAUCGGAUGCAGUGUCGGAGGUCGUGUCGGAGUUAGCUUCGGAGGCCCUGUCAGAGGCAGCGGCGUCAGAAGCAGUGUCGGAGGCGCCGUCUGAGGCCCCGUCGGAGGCCACGCCAGCGGACACUUUGGAGGCUGCACCAGCGUCGGAGGCCACAUCAGAGGCUACACCGACUGCAGCGUCGGAAGCAGCGUCGGAAGCAGCGCCAGAAGCAGCGCCGCAAGCUGCGACGGAUUCAGCGCCGGUGACUGCGUCGGAUCCUGCGCCAGCGGCACCGUCGGAUUCCGCACCGACUGCAGCGUCUGAUUCAGCGCCAGUCGCAGCGUCGGAUGCAGCGCCAGUCGCAGCGUCAGAAGCCGCUCCAGAAGCAACGUCGGAGGCAGUGCCAGGGACGGAAGGAGUUCAAUUCCCUCGUAUUUAUGUGGAAAGAACUUUGGCAAUCAUUAAACCAGACGCCAUUCACAAAAGUGAGGAGAUUGAGGACAUCAUUCUGACGUCGGGCUUCACCAUUUUACAGAAGAGGAAACUUCAACUUAGCCCCGAGCAGUGCAGUGACUUUUACACCGAACAUCAUGGAAAACUAACCUUUCCCAAACUGACAGCAUACAUGAGCUCCGGUCCAAUCAUUGCUUUGACUCUGGCUCGGGACAACGCAAUAGCCCACUGGAAGGCCAUCAUUGGACCUGUCAAAGAUGCAGAUACUCACCCAGAAUGUCUUCGAGCAAAAUAUGCUACGUCUGAACUGGAGAACGCGCUCCAUGGCAGCGAGUCAUUUCAUGUGGCAGAGCGAGAGAUCAAAUUCAUGUUCCCAAACACACUAACUGUUCCCACAAGAGAGGAAACUGAAGAAUACCUAAGUCGAUACGUGAACCAAACUUUGCUACAAGGACUCACUGAGCUCUGCAAGCACAAACCCCUCAACCCCUGUGUUUGGCUUGCUGAGUGGCUCAUCAAAAACAAUCCAAACAAGCCACAAAUAUGCGAUGAAGCUGCUGACGUUGAGGCAGAGGAACUUCAGGGGAAGGAAUGA